ACGGCUGACAGUCAAUGUCAGACGGAGCAAAUGAGAGAGACAGAGAGUAAGCCCUUGAAUAAAAUAUAAUUUUCCUGCUCAUGAAAUUACGAGACUUGUGCGGAAUUGUACAUUUGUUGUAAUAAAAAAACCCGUACUUAAGUUAAAGGGACGGUCGAUAUUUACUGGGCCAGCAAUGUAUUUUUUGGGGCAAGAGAGUUAGUGUACCACGGUGAAUAAAACUCAUAGUUAAGUUCGCUUUGUUUGGUGUGAAAGGGGAAGGGUUUGCAAGCUGGAAAUGGUGUCCAACGGUGCAGUGUAUUUAUCGGAUGAGAAAAUGUGGAAAGAGUAGUGCUGGAAAGCAUUUGUGAAGUGCGUUUGUGCUAUUUCGCUUUGUUACACUAGAACAGGAAUACGACCGAAUCGAUCUUUCUGCAAGAAAGGAAAAAGAAUCGAGGGAAUGGAAGCGAAAAAUGGCAAAUCCGGUCCAGCAACCGCAAUCUCUGUCGCGUCGUCGGGCGGUGGAGGAGCCAGUGUUACGACGACGAUGAAGAAUGGGGUGAAGGAAAACCCGAACGGUCCCCGGGUGGUCACCAUCUACAAGACAGAAACCGGUUUUGGGUUUAACGUUCGUGGACAAGUGAGCGAGGGCGGGCAGCUGCGAUCAAUCAACGGCGAGCUUUAUGCACCGCUGCAACACGUCAGUGCUGUUUUGGAUAACGGGGCCGCGGAACAGGCGGGCAUUAAGAAAGGCGACCGGAUCCUGGAAGUCAAUCAUGUAAACGUAGAAGGAGCUACUCAUAAGCAAGUGGUAGAUCUCAUCAAAUCUGGAGGAGACACUUUAACCCUGACCGUCAUAUCUGUCACGCAGCAGGAAGCGGAACGCCUCGAACCAACAGAAGAUCCCGGCGGAUAUUCGUACAUCGAUUAUUCGGAGAAGCGCAGCCUGCCCAUCAGUAUUCCGGAUUACAAUAUCAUCCAUCGCGGAAAUGAGCGAUACGUUGUUUUCAACAUCCAUAUGGCCGGUCGACAGUUAUGCUCUCGACGGUAUCGUGAGUUCUCUAACUUGCACCAACAGUUGAAGAAGGAAUUCUCAGGCUUUAGCUUUCCAAAAAUGCCCGGAAAAUGGCCGUUUCAGCUGAACGAACAGCAGCUUGACGCUCGUCGACGCGGGCUGGAGCAAUAUCUGGAAAAAGUGUGCGCAGUCCGAGUGAUUGCGGAAAGUGACGCAGUGCAGGAGUUUCUCACCGAUACGGUGGAUGACCUGGCGGCGUCGCCGGUCGAUAUUAAGAUCAUGCUACCGGACCAUGCGGUUGUGACGGUUUCCGUGCGCAAGUCCGCGAAUGCACAGCUCGUUUGGGAACAGCUAGUACAGCGAGCCAAUCUGACCUCGUACACACAGCAAUAUUUUUACUUGUUCGAAAUCGUCGAGUACAACUUCGAGCGUAAGCUACAACCACAUGAAAUCCCUCAUCAGCUGUACGUGCAAAACUAUAGUACGGCUUCCAGCACGUGUCUGUGCGUGCGGCGUUGGCUGUUUUCUAUCGAGCGAGAAAUUUCGCUUCCCGUUGGCGAGCAGGCAGCUAAGUUUAUUUUCUACCAGGCCGUCGACGAGGUUAAUCGCAGCAAUAUUCGGGCAGAUGGACGUUUGUAUGAGCUAAAAGCUCUGCAAGAUUCAAAAAAGGCUGACGAAUAUCUAUCACUGGCUCGUACGCUACCCGGAUACGGCGAUAUCGUGUUUCCCCAUUGUGCGUGUGACAGCCGUAAGGAAGGCCAUGUUGUACCAGCAAUCGGUAUGAAAAGCUUCCGUCUGCACGCUUGCCGGGAAGAUGGUUCCCUCGAAGCUCAAACGGUCGAGCUUCAGUGGUCUACCAUUUCUCGCUGGGAAAGCGACGAGGAAUCGAUGGCGUUUUGCUUUCAGUACAGCCGCUCGGACAAACCGCCCCGAUGGGUAAAAGUGUUUACGCCCUACCAUGCAUUCUUGGCAGACUGUUUCGACAGGAUAAUGGAGGAACGGGCAUGGGAUGACACGGGAGAGUAAGCAGACGCUUCAGACGCGACAUUGCAUUUGUAACAGCCACGCCAGAAAAGGUUUGCCAAUUCUGAGUAGUUUGACCUGCAUGAAUGGACACCAAGACGAUGUUAACGGCGUGGCGACGCUAUCACGCAUCGGCAAAAUAUCUUGUUGCUAAUAAUUUAUUUAUGAAUCCAACGGCAUGAUUCUGCUGCUGAUCGGCACAAUGCCAUUCAUGUACGCACUCUGUUGGAUCUAGCAUAAAAUUGCAAUCUAGCACGAAUUGCAUUCGCUUAAUUUGUAUGUAAUAUGGACAAGACAGAAAAGCAGUAAAGAGCAAGUAACAAUACCGUACAUUCUGCCAUGUUCUGCUAUGAUCUGAUUUAACAAAAUAUGACUAAUAGUGCAGUAGGAAAGCAAAAUGCUUGCAAUUGCAGGGCACAUGCGAAAUAUUUAUCUCCAAGUAGAACAUCGAAUAGUCUCUCUCUAUCUAUGUAUUCUGUAUUCUUGGUUAUGCCGCCUGAGUCACUAUGAUAGGGCUAUUCAUUGGGAAUCAAUCCCAAAGUAUUAGUAAAAGAUUCAUCUUUCCGGAGAAUCAUCGAACGGUACCAACAUUCUGACGCUGAGUUUCAAAUUUUAUGGCUAUGUUUGUUUCAACAUUGAGGUAUCAUUUGUUGACAAGUAACAUGCCUAAUUUGUUAGACCAUAUUUAACCGUCACAAGAGUCUUAGUGUGUUAAUUCUUUAGAAACCACUUUUUUCAUUCGCAUUUGCUUUCUGUGAUACAGCCAGUAGCGUGACGUUGGAAAAGCGUGGAAAUCUGGUUCGCUACAACAUUAGCUGCCGUGUGAAACAGUAUCACUUCAAAUGAAAAUUAAACAAUGUAUACUUACGUACUACGGUAUGUGUGGUUUGAAACCCUUGCAGUACCGAGGCACCACAUUCCAAUGUAUGCUUAUUCUGGUUGUUGUUUCUGUUUCUUCAUUCCAAUUCGCCAUGAUGCCUGUACAGCAUUACCAUGACGCUAGUCUGCAAAUUCGGGGUUGGUACGAAUUAAAGUUAGAAAGAGGAUGGCUGGAAUAGGGAAAACGUUGCUGCGCGGGCUUAGGCAGAAGCAAAUAUCACGACAAAAAAGGAAGUUUGAUUAAACCAUUUGAUUUGGAAACAGUUCAAAGAUCUCUGUCCAUAAUUAUGUUAAUCGGUGUUGCAUAAAACUCACAGGUAUUGGCACGUGGACGUAAAAAAAAAAAACAAAAUAGAAUCAACAACUAUGUAGCACUUAGAUUUUACUGCUGACAGAACUAAACAAACAAUAGAGUGUAGUGUUAUACAAAUGGUAAGAUAAAUGAGUGCAGUAGCUCAUGAAAGAAUGUAUAUAACAUAGAUCAUGAAACACGAUCACCGCUUUAGACUUACUCCACCAACCGAUCAAUGGAACUCAAUGCGUAGGAAAAACAAAGCAUCCUAUCCUAUUUUACUGACCACAUUUUUGACCAUGUUGUGCACAUGUAAAGAUUAUAGGCUUGUGCACUAUUAUGGAAGCAAUUAGAGAAUAAAGAUUUCAAUUCGAAAUGAAUAGAGCGUGUAGAUAAAGAAGUUAAAUUAAAAUGAGAUUAAACUCAUUAUAUUAAGCUACUAUAGUCGAUUGCAAAUAUAUAAAAUAGAGAAAGAAACGACAAAGUCGAACAAAUGCAAGAUUAAAGAGAAAAGCGUGAAUGCAGUUGCAGUACACUGCACCUCGAUUAGGCGUACUGCAUUGCAAUAUUGAGAGUAACACUUGCUGCAAAUGCUGAAUCAUGUUAAUUAUGCGCUAAUUGUUAAAUGCUACAACGUGCUCGAGAACUGUUCUGCCUACGAUUUUAGUUUUCUCUUAUCUGUUAAAUCUGUCCAAGCCCAACUACUACUCUCCUGAGCAACAGCUCACAGGCACUGCACUAGAUAAACCAAUUAGAAAUGACAAUUUUUAACAAAAGUAAUCUUAAGAAAUAAGUCCAUCUAACCUGAUACACGAUGAUACAUGAACACGUUUGCCCGGUACCCAAACCACAAAUAUAUAAUGAAGUAUAAACGAAUACGGAA